AUGGCAUUUAUUACAAGUCAUCCAUCAACAGUGUCAAUACUUUAUAGGGGUCAUCAUUUAUGUACUGGAAAUAUUAUAAAUGAAUAUGACAUUUUAACAACUGCCAGUUGUGUUACAUCUCAGAUUGGUGUUGUUUAUGGUAAUCUUCAAAUUUAUUCUGGCACAAGUCGAUUAAAUUUUGAAGAAAUGGACGAUCUUUUAAAGGAUGUUCAUCUGUUGAAAAAUCAAUUGAUACUCAGUGCAAGUCGUCAGGUAUUAUCAAUGAGAGAUUUAAAUAAUAUUCAUAAUGAAAGAAGAGGCACCGUUAUUGGCUGGGGCAAACUACCAGAUUAUAAUUUUAAACAUCUUAAAACAAUAGCUAUUAAAUUUAUAAAGCAGCGAUUUUGUUCAAACAAAAUAAAACAUAAUUUGCAUAACUCACAAGAAUGCUUUCAUCCAUUGACUGAAACAUCUACAGUUACACAGGGUGACGGAGGCAGUCGUGUUACUAUAUUUGGCUAUAAUAAAUUAUUUGGAAUUGUUUCUUUGACGUCAACUGUCGUUACUUAUCAAAUAUCUAUUUUUACUAUUUCAAAUGGCAAAAAGUCAAGUAAAAUUACUGGAGGAAAUAGUGUAUCAAUAACUAAUUUUCCUCAUCAAGUAUCAAUACGUUUUAUGAAAUAUCAUGUUUGUGCUGGUAGUAUAGUUUCAGAUAAACAUAUUUUAACAACAGCAUCUUGUAUAUCAGCUGAAAAUCCACGUAUUAUAUAUGCCAAUCUUGAAAUACUAAGUGGCACUGAAGAUAGAAUCGAUGAAAAUGGUGCAAUUCAUCAAGUUAAAUUAAUUAUAUUUCAUGAAGAUUACAAAGGAAUUGAACAUUAUUGGCAAAAUGAUUUAGCAAUUUUAAUAUUGACAACGCAAAUUGUAUUUACAAGUAAACAAAGACCAGGAUGUUUGCCAAUAAAUAAUUUAAAAAGUAAAGAUUUAUGGCUUUCUGGAUGGGGUGGAAUACCAACAUUGGCUGAUCCAUUAUCACGUUAUCUUCAGGGACUUAGAGUACGUGAUUUAUCUCGUGAAAGAUGUCAUCAAUAUUAUGAACCUUUUAUACCAAUUGGACUUCAUGAGGGACAAUCAUGUGCAGCCCCAGAAACAUUUGGUGCACUAAUAACCCCGGGUGAUGGAGGAAGUCCUUUAACUGCAUUUGAAAGAGUCAUUGGAAUGGUGUCUAUAAAUAUACCGACAUUGGAAAAUCCAGUAAUGUAUACUCGAGUUUUUUUAUAUCGUCAUUUUAUCAACUAUAUAAUUGUUAAUUAUUAA